GAACGUGGAAGUUGUUGCUAGGAUACGGCAAACUAUUGCUGCUAGUUUGUGUGAGGGGGGGGAAUACAAACAUUUGGACUACGAGGAGUUUAAUGUUAUUGUUUGUGUUUUGCGCUCCCAAGGAGAAAGGAAGACAUAGUGAGCACUCACAAUGGAGAUAGUCUAUGUGUACACCAAGAAGCGCAACGAGUUUGGUCGACAGUGUAAUUUUUCUGAUCGGUCGGCUGAGUUGCAUGUGGAUAUUUUACCUGAUCCUUCUCUGGCAGUCAACUUCAUUGAGAGAGACCCUUGCGAUGUUCCCAUACAGUGCACGCAAGAAAUGUCGGAGCAUGAGGUGAACACUGAGCGCUUUGAGUCAGAUACCAGGGGGAUAAACCAUGUGGAGGGAGGUUGGCCCAAAGAUGUCAACCCUCAUGAGAUGGAGCAGACCAUCCGCUUCAGGAAGAAAGUGGAGAAAGAUGAGAAUUACAUCAGUACUGUCAUGCAGCUGGGCAAUAACAUGGAACACUGCAUUAAACAGAACAAUGCAAUCGACAUCUACCGGGAGUACUUUGAAGAGGAGGAGGUGGUGGAGGAAUCAGAGGUGCAGCCUUCUGCCAAAACCAUCAACGUUUUCAGAGACCCAAACGAAGUGAAGCGCACAGCCUCCAGUCUCUCCUGGCACCCCGAUGGAAGCCGCAAACUGGCUGUGGCCUACUCUUCACUGGAGUUCCAGAAAGUCUCUAAAGACAUGAGCUUAAACUCUUACAUAUGGGACAUUGAGAAUCCCAAUAAACCAGAAAUGACCUUGAAGCCUGUCUCACCACUGGUCUGUCUGGAGUACAACCCUAAAGACUGUCAUAUCCUGGUUGGAGGCAGCUACAAUGGCCAGAUAGCUUAUUGGGACACUCGCAAGGGGAGUCAGCCAGUGGAAAUGUCCACCAUAGAGCACAGCCACAGAGACCCUGUCUACCGAGUCAUCUGGUUGCAGUCCAAGACUGGAACCGAUACCUUCUCUGCGUCUACGGACGGUCAGGUGCUGUGGUGGGACAUCCGUAAGAUGAGCGAGCCCACAGAGAGGCUGAUACUGGACCCAAACAAGAAGGGCAACCUGGACAAUGCCCUGGGGGCCAUUUCUCUGGAGUUUGAGACCACUAUGCCGACAAAAUUUAUGGUGGGGACUGAGCAAGGGCUAGUGGUCUCCUGUAACCGUAAGGCCAAGACUCCGGCAGAGAAAAUAGUGUGUAUGUACAGUGGCCAUCACGGCCCCAUAUAUGCUUUGCAAAGGAACCCGUUCUUCCCCAAGAACUUCCUGACUGUAGCUGAUUGGACGGCCCGCAUCUGGUCCGAAGACAUCAAGGAGUCGUCCAUCAUGUGGACAAAAUACCAUACGGCCUAUUUGUCAGAUGGCAGUUGGAGUCCAGUACGGCCGUCUGUGUUCUUCACCAUCAAAAUGGAUGGAACACUUGAUGUUUGGGACUUCCUGUUCAAGCAGAAUGACCCCACCCUCAGUGUAAAAGUGUGUGAUGAAGCACUGAACAGCCUGCGUGUCCAGGACAACGGGCACUUCCUGGCAUGUGGGUCUCAGCUGGGCACUGUCACCCUGCUGGAGAUCUCCUCAGGGCUUUGUACCCUCCAGAAGAACGAGAAGGCCCUAGCCACCGCGAUGUUUGAACGGGAGACCAAACGGGAGAAGAUCCUUGAGGCGCGGCACCGUGAGAUGCGUCUGAAGGAGCGCAGCCGUUCGGAGCAGAGCAAGGAGGAGGACACCAAGGAGGGCGACGGAGAGGAGAGUCCAGAGGAGCUGAUAACUCGCAUAGAGAAAGACUUUUAUGAGAUCGUAGAGGCAGAGCUGAAGAAGAGAGAUAAGGGGGAGGAAAAAAAGGAGAAAGGCGUGUGUGAAGAGAAAGAAAUCCGUGACAGAACACCCUAAUCACAUAAUGUUCCACGUAUCAUCGGAAAUGUCAUCUUAAGUCAAUCUAAUAAAGACAAUACAUUUUCUAUAAAAUAUACAUUCUCAGUGAUUCACAUGGAAACCAUGAAUGGAAUUUAGUGUACAUGUUUAAUUAUUUUGCAAUGUAUCCAUAAGUCAUUAUUAAGUGUGUCUUUGUUGAUUUAAGUACUUUUUAUUCAAACGUUGUAUUUAAUUUGACACUUUGCGUGAUUCCUAGAAAUCAAUAAGGAAGUGGGGUGAUUAUUGUAUGAAAUUAGUCAUAUGCCAAGCCGCAGUGGAUGUCAAAAAGUCAUGGAGUUGUGUGCAGUUGUUGCCUGCAGUGCUUGAACGAAUGCUUGUUUUUUAAAUUCUUUCUAGCAUUGACUUUGCAGGUAGCUGGUUCAUUAAAAUAUCCUUUUACUCAAUCUUACAAUUACUGGGUUGGUUGACACCCUUAGCUACAGUAUUUGUUUUCUUAAGAUGCAUGUCACUCUGGACAUGAGGUGUAAAAUAUUUUCAGUGCAGUAAAUAUAUUUUUAGAGCAAAAUAGGGGCUGCAGAGUUAUACUCAAUUGCAACUAAUUCAAUGUGGUGUCAGACCUUGUUGAGGAUGGAGUGAAAGGACCUACAGUAUGAUGAAUUAUAAUGACCGUUCCAUUUCGGAUUGGAGA